AAUCCUAAAAUCUAAAAUUCACAACUCACAACGAAACCAAAAUAAACCCGAAAAAACAAAACAAGAAGAAAAAGCACCACCACCACAUGCUUCUCAUCACCAUUAUCUGGGCCUUGGCUCUCUCGUCCCUUCCGAUUUGCUAAUGGGCGCGCACGCCGCUUUGCCUGUGCGCGUUCCGGCAGCAAUUUACUCCGUUCUUGUUGUUGUUCUUUUACUCUCGUGGUCGUCUUCGUCGUUGUCCAGCUCCGAUGCCGAAGCUCUCUUGAAGUUCAAAAGCUCUCUCAACAAUGUCGUCGCUCUCAGUAACUGGGAUCCCGGCGUCAACCCUAAGCCGCCCUGCACCGGCAAUAACCCCAACUGGAUCGGCAUUUUCUGCAUCAACGACACCGUUUGGGGCUUCCGUCUCGAGAACAUGGGCCUCAUGGGCACCAUCGAUGUUGAAGCUCUUGCUUCCAUGCCACGUUUAAGGUCUAUUAGCUUGAUGAACAAUACCUUCGUCGGUCCUUUGCCUGAAAUUAAGCGCAUCAAGAAUUUGAAGUCAAUUUACUUAUCGUACAACCAUUUCACCGGCGACAUCCCCGACGACGCGUUUGAGGGUAUGAAUAUGUUAAAGAAAGUUUAUUUGGCAAAUAACCAGUUCACCGGAAAAAUCCCUUCCUCCCUUGGCGUCUUGCCUAACCUCCUCGCUGUCAGGCUUGACGGCAACAAGUUUCAUGGUCGAAUCCCUAAUUUUCAAAAUAGCACGUUGAAGCUUAUCGACUUUUCUAACAACGCUUUGGAUGGCCCCAUUCCAGAGAAUCUAACAUCUUUCAGCGCCUUCGCCUUCUCUGGGAACGUACAUUUAUGUGGACCUCCUCUGCAGAAUCCUUGCGCUUCAAUCCCCUACGCCACCAUGGAUUCUCCAACAAAGACAGCGAUUCUCAAGAUUCUACUAAUUUUAAUUCUGACAUUACUGAUCAUAGUGGUGAUCAGUUCGGCGAUCGUGAUAGCCCGCCUGAGGACGAGCCGGCGAUAUGCCGAGGAUUCGGUCUCGGGGUUCCAAAGCCAACCUUCUCUGAAGUAUGCUCCUCCUGCAUUCACGAAAGCAAAAAGCAUAGAUCAUCAUGACAGUACGAAGCUUCUUGCUGGACAAAACAACACAAAUUAUCAGAACACAGCAUCCAUAUCGAAGAAAGGGGAAUCAGGGAAGCUGAUAUUUGUGAGGAAUCGGGAGAAGAAGUUUGACCUGCAAGAUUUGUUGAAAGCGUCGGCGGAAAUUCUGGGAAGUGCUGCGUUUGGGUCAUCGUAUAAGGCAGUGAUGAAAGACGAUCAAGCUGUGGUGGUGAAGAGGUACAAGCAGAUGAAUAAUGUGUCGAGAGAUGAGUUCUUUGAGCACAUGGCAAGACUAGGCGAUCUAUCUCAUCCCAAUCUUCUUCCUCUCGUUGCUUAUUAUUACAGGAAAGAAGAGAAGCUCUUGCUCUCUGACUUCGUUCCCAAGGGUUGCUUGGCCAGCCAGCUUCAUGGAAAUCAUAAUAAUGAACGGCCAGGCCUUUGUUGGCCAACUCGGUUGAAAAUUGUGAAAGGUGUAGCGAGAGGUUUAUCAUACCUAUACAACGCAUUGCCAUGCCUCGUAGUGCCUCAUGGUCAUUUGAAAUCUUCCAAUAUUCUAUUGGACGAAUCAUACGAACCAUUACUCACAGAUUACGCUCUCAUUCCAGUGAUCAACCUAGAUCAUGCUCAACAGAUCAUGAUGCCCUACAAAUCCCCCGAGUACGCGCAACUCGGCCGGAUCACGAAGAAGACCGACGUGUGGAGCUUCGGCAUCAUGAUUCUGGAGAUCUUAACUGGGAAAUUCCCGGAGAACUAUCUCACUAACAGGCAUGACACCAGCUCCGAUAUCGCUAGUUGGGUUAACAGCAUGGUCACCGAGAAGCGUACUGGCGAGGUUUUUGACGUUGAGAUGGGAGGGGCAGAGAAUAGCAAGAGCGAAUUGCUCAAGCUUUUGAAAAUUGGGCUGAGCUGUUGUGAGGAGAAUGUGGAGAGAAGAUUGGACAUGAAGGAAGCUCUUGAGAAGAUUGAAGAGUUGAAGGAUGAGAAUUAUGAUGGAGAUUUUUCUUUGAUUGUCACUAGCGAACGAGAUGCUUUUCAAGCUAUAUGAUUCACGUUGGACUUUGACUAUUCGGAUUUUCUGAGGUUAAGAAUCUGAAUCAAGAUGGUGAAAUUUAAAGGCAAAGUAUCAGUACUAUAUAUCUGUGUGUGUAUAUAGUAUUGGUCUUUAAUUUGCGUUUGUGUCUUCACCUUCUUUGUAACUUCGGAGUUUGUUCUCCGGUUGGACUUUUGCAUGGAAGCAACUAUGUACGUACAGAAAUCUAAAGUGAAUCCAUGCCCCAAAAAACACAAAACUGAAUAUGUGAUACCUCUAAUUAACCUCGCUGCUAUUUUUUGAUUAAUUAGUUUAUUUUUCUGA